AAGGCGGCGGCCGCGGCUAUUGUUCGUGGUGGUAGCGCUUGAGGAACGGAGCAGAGGGUGGACGAGCAAGCGUGGGCUGCGAAGAUUGAACUGAAAUGGCAGAGAAACCGGACUUCAGGGAGGUGGCUUCCUUUGACAAGAGCAAGUUGAAGAAAACCGACACAGAAGUGAAGAACACUCUUCCCACAAAAGAGACUAUUGAUCAGGAGAAGAAGGCGGAAAGCAGCUAGUUUCUGGAAUCAUGCUUUGUCCACGGAGGAGGGAAUCUUUCAGGUCUUUUCCUUACGGAAAUAAAUCCCUGAUUCUUACUGUGAACUUAACUACUGAAGGGCCAGAACAUUGACCACGUCGCUGCUGGUUCUGAGACCUUUUGGACCAUGGCUGUGAAUUCUCCAGUGUUAUGAAGAAAAUUAAUAAAAAAUCAAUUUGU